CAAAACCUCUCGUAUUUAAAUCUCAGUCUUGCCGAGCUUUACUUUCUCAACUCGCUCUAGGCCUGCAUUUUCAAAAGCUAAGAUGCCAAAAUUGUAUGAGAUGAGCAGCAGUUGCUUGCUAAAUCUUGGUCAUGGGGCGAUUAAAUGGUUCCAUUACUAUGUUGUCUUAUCCUGGGCUGCCAUAUUUAUCUCUGGUCUGGUUUUCAGCCAUGGCUUUGUAGAAUAUGCUCUCAGUAAUGUGUUGAUAUCCUAUUUAACAACAGACUUGAAGAUGGAAUAUCUUCCAAAAGCCACAACGAUUAUAUAUAUUCGAGACGGUGUAUCAUCAGUGCUGACAAUUGUUCUUGCUCACAUAUCAGAUGCCUACACUGGACGUUUUGAAAUGGUGGCCAUCUCCACUGCUUUUUAUAUCCUUGGAUUGUUGCUAAUGAGGUUGUUUGGAACUCAAAUAAUGUUGUUCUUUGUGGCAAUGGCGCUAGUAGCUGUAGGUAGUGCAGGACACGAACCGGUUCUAAAAGCAUUUCUUGCUGAUCAAUUAAGCGAGCUUGAGCCAAAGCCAAGUAUAGAUGAGGAACGGGUAGAGGCCCGUGCAAGUGUCUGGUGGCGCGUCGCGCGGUUCUCAGGUGCUACCACAGCUACAUUUGCGAUUUUAUCAGAUACUGAAUGGAAAGUUAAGUUCCACGCAUCACUAAUUGCAAUGGUGAUCGCAUAUCUGCUGCUCUGGUUGGGCUUCUCCUUAUACUAUUGCAACUGGAUGGGCUUCUCCUUAGAAUAUUGCAACUGGUGGGCCUUCUCCUUAUACUAUUGCAAAAAAGCCACGGGCAGCCCCCUUACUCUUGUUUUUCGUGUUCUUAAGGCAGCAAUUAUGAAAUGCCACCUGGACUACCCCCUUGAGUCGACGCAAUUCUACAGGAAUGACAGCAAUCAAUUGCCAUUGUUUCCUCGCGUUCGAUUCUUAAGCAGGCUGUUAGACAAAGCUGCCAUUGUGGAGAAGUCCUCUCUUAGUCCAGAAGAACAAGAAAUUACAAGAAGGGUUUUCACAGUUGCACAAGUAAAGGAAGUAAAACUUUUAUUUAGAACGGCUCCUAUGUGGAUACCCUUCUAUGUUUAUAGUCUAGUGGCCGCAACAGGGAAUACUUUUUUCAUUGACCAAGCUGCCAACUUGAAUGAUAAAAUUGGGGAUGGAUUCGUUGUUCCAAUGAAUAUUUUCUUUCUGAUGAGGUCCUUCUCGAGCUUCACAGUCCCGUUUCUGUGGGACUUAUUAAUAUCAAAGCACUUGGGUGAAGGAGGGAAACACCUUGCUACGCUUGUGAGAAUUGGUUGUGGGAUGGUCUGUUUAAUAUUAUGUUGCAUCACUGCUUGGCAGGUUGAGCUUCAGAGAUUGCAUGAUUCAACUGGGCAAAUGAGCAUCCUUUGGUUAGCUCCACAGUACUGUUUGUUGGGAGCUAUGGAAGGACUUGCGCUGGUGGGGCUUCAAGUUUUCUUUUAUGGUCAAGUUGCUGAAUCCAUGAGAAGCUAUGGGCCGCCCUUCACCGAAUGUGUACUGGGCAUUGGAAAAUUCAUCAGCAUACCCUUUAUCUUCAUUUUUAGACACCUUAAAUACGAACCAUUUGGAUCAUUAUUACCUUACGUUAGUUCUCCUCUCUGUUGGGAACCUAUUGAUCUACAUUUGUGUUCCAGGAAUAUAUUUCUAUAAAGUGGAGGAGGAAAAUUCAGCUCCAAACAAGGAAGAGGAUGUUAUUCAAGCGCAGCCGGCAGAGCAGCCAAGUACUUGAAACUCAAAUCAUUAGGUAACAGAUCGUUGUACAAUCCAUGGUCUCAUAAAGUUGUGCUGAUAUCCCAAACGUUUACAUUAGAGUAAUUCUAUAAAUAAAUACUCCGUAGAACAUAUGUUGUGAGUAUGGGAUCCACACUCCAUCUUAUGAAGUCAUAAAAGUGAUAGUGUGUGUUUGUGUGUUAGGAGUCUAGGAGAAAAUGCAUUUCAGUACUUUCAUGAUUAGUGCUCAGUGUGUUGAGUGUAUCAAGCAAGGAUUUGAUUUGUGUGUGCAAGAGGUGAAAAUGUGUGUGUAUAUAUGUAUGUAAUAUGAAUGGUGGAAGUGUAACACACUUGGGCUACAAAUGAAUUGAAUCGAGACGAGACGAGAUGAGCCGAGCUUUCGAUUGUUCGGGCUUGCUAUGCCAGAGAGCUUCUGGGUUCGACUCGGACUCGGUCUAGCCAGGCUCGAGUUCAGCUCGGUAAUUUUUUCUUAA